CCCAAUCAGGAAAGAAUAUUAUCACAAUAUUACGCGAUCCGAAUUAUAUAUAUCACGAUUUAAAAGAUACCCAAUGAAAAUAAACGAAGUAUAAUAUUCUACUAUAUACGUAAAUACUUUACAGAACUGUCAAAUGUACAGAGGUUAUAAAUAAAUAAUCCAUCGGUGAUAUUCAACUGAUUAAUUUUUCAUUUAUAUUAUAAGACUUAACAAAAUUUCCUUGUGGUAUAUCAACGGAAUUAUGUAGUUACGAUGGUGGCAAAUACAGGAAGUGAUAUGACUGGAUCUAUUUAUCAUGAAAGACAAGUAAAAGAGCUUUGUGCUCUACAUGCAUUAAAUAAUUUAUUUCAAGAAAGGGGUUUUAAUAAGCAAGAAUUAGAUCAAAUUUGCUAUAGCUUAAGUCCUGCAAUGUGGAUUAAUCCUCACAAAUCUUUACUAGGACUUGGAAAUUACGACAUUAAUGUUAUUAUGGCUGCAUUACAACGAAGAGGUCGUGAAGCAGUUUGGUUUGAUAAACGCAAGGAUCCAAAGUGUCUUUGCCUUGACAAAAUUGAAGGUUUUAUAUUAAAUGUUCCAACAGAAUAUAAAUUGGGUUUUGUGUUACUCCCAUUGAAAAGGCGCCAUUGGAUUGCCUUGAAAAAAAUUCAUGGUGCCUUUUAUAAUUUAGAUUCAAAGUUAGAUACACCACAACUUAUAGGAAAAGAUAAUGAAUUACUUAUAUAUCUAAAGGACCAAAUAGACAGUAAGGAAAAGGAAUUAUUUCUUGUUGUCUCUAAAGAAAUAGAUAGUAAUCAAGGAUGGUUAAUGGAGCCAUAUGAAAUUAAAGAAGAUAAUAAUACUGAUCAUGAUUCAAUCAGGUAUAUUGAAGAUGGUUAUCCAUCAGAUAUAGAUUUAAAAAAAUCAGAAUCUAAAGAAAUGAAUGAAAAUGAAGAAUUAAUAUGUAAUAAAAAUACUAGAUAAUUUUUACUCAACAUUAAAAAAUGUGAUAUUAUUAUGGAAUAUAAUUUAUGAAGGAUGGAAUUAAGGCAAAUGAUCAAUGGAUUUUUCGAACUAUAAGGAGAAUUAUCAGAAGAAAAAAUAGUUAGAGUUAAUAAAUGUUUUGCACAGAACUCUACAAGGUAGUAGUUCUGACUCUAUUUACACAAAUAUCUUAACACACUGAAACUGUUGGACAUAUAAUUUGAAUUUCUAACUAAUAACACACUGAGUAUUAUUAAAGCUUGUACGUGAUGCACUUGAUAAAAGUUCAAAAGAACUAUUUGUGCUAAAAAUUUGUAAUUUAUGCUGCUCUUAAAUUAUGAUUAUAUACAAAAAGUACUAUAUUUUUCCAAAGAUGCAUUAGAGAAUUUUUGUUAUUGAUGAAAGAUUAUUUAUUUAUCAUUUGUUGUCGUAUAUGCUAAAAUAAAUAUUUGAUAUUUA